GGUAAUGGGUGAUAUUGUUAUUACAUAGUAGAAUAAUUGGCUAAGGUUAGAUUAACAAAUUAAAUGUUUGCAUCCGUGUAGGGAUGUACCCAUGACAAAAAUUGAAAAAUUUGCAUAAAAGGGUUUAAAGAAAAGUAGAAUAACUUUUCGUCUGAGGACAAAUAUUUUUGUUUAUAGAGACAAACGACGACGAAGAGAAUAGAUUGAUAAGGAGAACAUUAUGGUUUCUGAAAAGUGUCUAAGAAAAGUAAUUUUGAAUUCUGAUGUUUAUACGCUAUGUGUUCAGCAUGCAUUGACAACAGAAAAACAGGAAAUCAUGGGAUUAUUAGUGGGAGAGGUUGACGAUAUCAAAUGCAUUUCGAAAAUUUCAGCAUGUGUUACAUUACACCGCAGUGAUAAGCAGCCUGACAGAGUAGAAAUAUCCCCCGAACAACUAUGUACUGCUUCCAUGUAUGCUGAUCAACUCUCUAAAAAGUUAGAUAGGCCAAUGAGAGUACUUGGCUGGUAUCAUUCACAUCCCCACAUAACUGUGUGGCCCAGCCAUGUUGAUACAAGAACUCAGGCAGUGUACCAAACAAUGGAUCCUUUAUUUGUAGGCUUGAUAUUUUCAGUCUUCCAGAAUGAUUCACGAUCACUUAACAAUCUCAUUCAAGUUACAUGCUUUCAAGCCCACCAAGGAGCCUCAGACCUGGAAAGAACAGAAGUUGAGCUUGUGAUCCAAAAUUCUCCUUUUGAAAAUUAUGAUUUGAAAGGAAUUGCGGAUCUUCCCCGUAUACUAAUCCAGGAGGAAGUGGAAUGCCAUGAUGUGAAAGAUAAUGACACUCAAGAUGAGCUAGCUAAUAUUCACAAUGAUUCAUUUAAAACACUUGCUCUGGUUCAUAUUGUUUCAAAAUUAUCUCGUCCUCUUUGUGAUGAUCUUGAAGAGAGAUUGAAAACCGUAAAUCAGAGAAUAAGGACAUUAGAAAACUUGAAAAAAGAGUUGCAAAAACGUUGAUGACAUGAAUUUGUCAUCUUUUGAUGUGAUUGAACUAAUUAUAAGCAACAUUAUAAAUAUAUAUUGAGUUAAUUAUU